AUGAAAUUACUGAUUAUCUUUUGCACAAAAUUAAAAAUGACGGAACAAAGGAACAGAUGGACACCGAAAGUGUUUAUUUGAUUCCUCAUUCUUCGAAGCCUGUUAACGAAUAUUUUAAUUCAAAACUAUUCGUAGGUCUGUAUCCAACUUUAUUCUAUUAUGGACGUGAAGCACCUGAAGAUCAAUCGCGUCCAGUCAAAGUAAAUUUACGAGAACACAUACGUUAUCUGUUAUCGUACAAUGAUCGACGUUUUGAAACGAACCACAGUUUUAUAUUUGUCGUCUUCAAUCUAUUACAACGACGUGAUGCUUGUUUUCAUGCUCAGCUGAUCGCAACAAAACCUUACUUUCGAGUAUCUGUUGAUGACAUUCAAUCCUUGAAAAGUAAAGAUAUUGAAAUGGUGCUCGAUAACAUUUCCAAAAAAACAUACAGUUCGGAAUCCAGCAGUACAUUAAAUAAAUUACUAUAUCAUAUUAAAACCAUCGGUGGUCGAGUUAUGGUUUUAGCAUAUUCACAUACGGCAUUACAUACACGUAUUCAUGCAUUAAUCUACAAUCAGGGACUACCAAGCAUUUUUUUAACUUUAAAUCCAGCUGAUAUUCACAGUCCCGUGACAUUAUAUUUUGCUGGCGUCAAGCUUGAUGUGGACAAUAUUCAAAUGGAACAACUUAUGGAUAAUUACAAAAGAGCUGAAAUUAUAGCAUCUCAUCCUGUUGCUACUGCCAAAUAUUUCCAUUUAUUGCUCAGUAAUAUCUUAGAUACUAUGAUCGUUGGUGGUGUACUUGGCCCAAUAAAAGCUUACUUUGGUACCGUUGAAAGUCAAGGACGAGUGCCAAGAUCAUGGAACACGCCACCACGAUUAUCCCGAGAUAACAUAUAUGUAGUUUUAAGUACAAUCGAUUUGACAGGUUUACAACAAAAUAUAUAUGAACCCAACAACAUUAUAUCAACACCGUUGAAGGAACAAUUUGUUUCAUCGAUUUUGCAUGUGUCUGUAUUGCCAGAUAAACUUUUACAAACACCAACACAUAAUCAAUCAACAUUUGUUAUUAAUGCUUCAUAUAAUGAAUCAAUAGUGAUUCCAACUUGCUUACCAACUCCAAAUCCGUCGUCACCUAAUUUUGCAUCAAGAUUUCGUGCAGAUGUAGUACAACUUGUUAAAGCAAGCAAUAUUCAUAAACAUAGUGAUACUUGUUAUAAAUACUGGAAUAUUAAUAAAGAUGAUAAGAAAAGUUGUCGGAUGCGUAUGCCACGCAAGUUGGUACCAAUUUCAACAAUUGAUCCUGAUACAGAUUUCAAGUAUUCAUCCGAAUCUGCAGCAUCAGUCGAAAAAAAUGCUAAUCAACAAGGUCGACCACACAAUGAACGCUUUCCUUUUCAACAACAGCAUCCACAGGCAACAACACAUUUAAUGAUGAAAUAUAGUCAACUUCAUGUACCUAUUCUUUACGGCCCUCAAAUUCCUCGACAAGAUCGUGACGACACUCGAGAACGAUAUUGUCGAGCUCUUCUCACACUCCUCGAUCGUGAUGAUCAUUUACUUCAAGUUAUUGCUGAAGCUCAAGUUGACAAUGAUGCUAUCAAUCCUGUACUUUUGCCAGCAAAACAUGAUGUUCAUGGCGAAUACGAUAUGGAUGACAGCGAUGACUUGCUUGAGCUAUUAGGCAAUUUAGAUGAAUAUACGACUGCUGCAGUCAAUACCACAAGAAAAACAACAGAAAAUAAAUAUAUUGAAGAAACUAUCGAAGCAGCCGAGAACGUUGGACGAUUUAAUCAUACGAACACAUAUUAUCAAUCUUCUUCAGAUAUAUCAAUUGAUCGUACUAAUCGACAACUUAUACUAUUCCUUUGUGCAACACCUCAUCUUGUUCAACUCAAUACAAAAUGA